UGUGCGUGGCUGGCGCUCAGGGCCCGGCCUCGGCCCGCAGGAGCCGUUCGCGUCCCGCCCCUUCCUCCGCGCCCUGCCGACAGCCGGGAGCUGCCGCCGCGCUCCGCCAUGCCGAAACACGAGUUCUUUGUGGACAUGACCUGCGAAGGCUGCUCCAACGCAGUCACCCGCGUCCUGCACAGGCUGGGAGGUGUCCAGUUUGAUAUUGACCUGCCCAACAAGAAGGUGUGCAUCGACUCUGAGCACAACGUUGACACCCUGUUGGAAACCCUAAAGAAGACUGGAAAGAAUGCUUCCUACCUGGGGGAGAAGUCUGCACAGUAGGCUUGGCUGGUGUGAGGAGGCUAGGUAUAUAGCAGGUGUAUGCCAUGUGUAUGAGGAGAUCUGAGCUUUU